GAUCCCCUUCUGGUUGCAUGUUUACAGGGCCUGCUGGUCGCUGUAGCUGGCCGCCCCACUUGCUGGUCAACCCCCAAUGCCAGGGCAGCGGCGGGCUGGCUGCAGGCUGCUGCAGACGCUACCGAACAUGGCUGCGGCAAGCUCCCCCAAACGCACGGUGUUGUGACUGUUGUGGUGCUGGUGACGUGCGCGAUUCGCCCCGACGGAUCCGCCCUCACGUUAGGACCGCCCUCUUCUCCACGUUUUGUUGCUCUCUUCUUUUCUUCUUCAAUCAUCCAUCUCGUUUUUUAUUAUAGUCUUUUUUAUUGGUAGAGCAGCCCAUAGUAUCACCAUGCGCUUCGCUACUUCUGCCCUUGUCUUGGGCGUUGCCUCUACGGCCCUCGCCGCCGAUAGCCAAAAGGUCCUCAACAAGCCCUCGUUCGGCGGCCUUGGCCUCGAUCUCGACUUUGACGUCUGGUCCCGUCCCAUGAAGAGCCUCUGGGGCGACAUCUCGGAGGAAGCAAAGGCCACCUGGAACGAAAUCAGCCUGCUGGCCCCUGAGGCCGUUGCUGCCUUCAAGGAGUCCCUCAAGCCCAGCGCUCCUCGCAAGAUCAACCGCAAGCCCGACUCCCACUGGGACAGCAUCGUGCACGGCGCCGACGUCUCGGGCGCCAAUGUGGCCAACAAGUUCACCAAGGAGCGAAAGCCUGCCAAGAUUAGCGGCAAGCUCGAAAACUACUCGCUGCGCUCGCGUGCCGUCGACACCGUCAAGCUCGGCCUCGACAAGGUCAAGCAAUACGCCGGCUACCUCGACGACAACGACCAGGACAAGCAUCUCUUCUACUGGUUCUUUGAAUCCCGCAACGACCCCAAGAACGACCCCGUUGUCCUCUGGCUCAACGGCGGCCCUGGCUGCUCCUCCAUGAUGGGUCUCUUCAUGGAGCUUGGCCCUGCCUCUGUCGACAAGAACGGCAAGAUUGUCCACAACCCUCACUCGUGGAACACCAACGCCUCCGUCAUCUUCCUUGACCAGCCCGUCAACGUCGGCUACUCGUACGGUAGCUCUGGUGUCGACAACACCGUCGCCGCCGGCAAGGAUGUCUAUGCUCUGCUCACCCUCUUCUUCCACCAGUACCCCGAAUACGCCGAGCGUGACUUUUACAUUGCUGGCGAAUCCUACGGCGGCCACUACGUCCCUGCCUUCUCCGCCGAGAUCCUCUCCCACGAGAACCGCAACAUCAACCUCAAGGGUGCCAUUAUCGGUAACGGCUUGACUGACGGCUUCACCCAGUACGCCUACUACCGCCCCAUGGCCUGUGGCGAGGGUGGUUACCCCGCCGUUCUCGACGAGCAGCAGUGCCAGUCCAUGGACAAUGCUCUGCCUCGCUGCCAGUCCCUCAUCAAGUCUUGCUACGACACCGACAGCGCCUGGACCUGUGUCCCCGCUGCCAUCUACUGCAACAGCCAGUUCAUCGCCCCCUACCAAAAGACGGGCCAGAACGUCUAUGACAUCCGCGAGGAGUGCAAGGACACCGAGAACCUCUGCUACACUGCCACCAAGUACAUCUCCGAUUACCUCAACGACCCUGCCGUUAAGAGCGCUCUCGGCGUUGAAAUCGACACCUACCAGAGCUGCAACACCGACAUCAACAUGAAGUUCCUCUUCAAGGGCGACUGGAUGAAGCCCAUGCACCACUUCAUCCCCACCCUCCUCGAACAGAUCCCCGUCCUCAUCUACGCUGGUGACGCUGAUUUCAUCUGCAACUGGCUCGGCAACCGCGCCUGGGUUGAGCAGCUUGAGUGGAACGGUCAGGCCAAGUACGCCAAGGCCAAGACCUCCAAGCUCACCGUCGAUGGCAGCGACUACGGCAACGUCCGCAGCGCCCAAAACUUCACCUUUAUGCAGAUCUACCAGGCCGGCCACAUGGUUCCCUACGACCAGCCCAAGGCCUCCAACGACUUCUUCAACCGCUGGCUCCGCGGCGAGUGGACUGCGUAAAGCAUGUUCGACCAUACGAGUCUAUAGGGGAAAUCAAUUGUACACGCAUGCUGAGGGAUGACUUUGAAUACGUUUUUGGUUGAAUUAGAAUGCAACUCUGCUGUUUGCUUCCUAUUAGUUUAGUAUAUAUACAUCUAUACACAUGUUGUUUCAAUUACUGUUUCUGUGUCUGUGGACUGUGCCAGCUCUGAUUCCUCUGCAGCAGCAGCUUUGGCGAUAUCAUACAGCUCGUGCAUGGAGUCAUGGCCAAUCUUUUGAAAGUACGCAUGGCCGGGAUUCUUGAGAAACACUACGAUAAUCAGCCGCAGCAGGAUGCAUGUCUCCGGUGCGUGCCUUGCUGCACCGGCCUUGCGGGCCGUCUUUUCAUCCAGCUGUGCCAUGGCCUCAGCAAAAAGCGCUUCCCAUCGCUCAAGUGCACGAAGCAGCACGGGGGCCCAGUUGGACAUGAUGCCCAUUUGAAGUGCAAAUACGGUGAGCGAGUUGAAU